AUGCAACAGUGGUUGUAUGACACUUCAGAUGUUGGCGGCCGAGGCAUGAAGCCCGACUUGGAACCAGAUCGUGGGCAGUACUCUCGAAGUCAAGCAGAACGCUAUAGUUACAACGACUACUAUCAGAGAUUUGAAGAAACGGCGGACAUCAGAUUUUACCAAAACGAUCUGAGGAGAGGCGAUACUCCCAGUCAACGCGAUCGUAGAAGGCCAGACUCACCCAGUCGCUAUCGGAACAGAAGCCGUUCUCGAAGUCGCGAUAGGCGAUAUUCUCGAGGUCGCAGUCGUUCUCGUUCACGGUCGCCGGUGCGCAGACGGCGGUCUCGCUCCAGAAGCAGAGAGAGGGAACCACCGCACGUUACCCCUGUAAACAAAUUGGCGCUGCUAAACAUGCCGAACAACGUUGAUAGGAAUGCCAUCGCAUUGGUACUGGCAGCAUCGGGUUAUCUACCGCAAGAUAUCCGUGUGAUUAAUCGUCGAGGUGGCUCGCGUUCGUUCGGGUUUAUCGACUUUGCUGAUGUGAAGACGGCCAUCAAAUGGAUGGACGAGAACCAGGGAUGGUUAACGUUGUCAGAUGGUCGUCGUGUGCAAGUUGAGUAUGCAAAAAGUGAUCCGGCCAUUGCUGGGCGAUCACGGACGGAUCACGAUUGGACAUGUGCCAACUGCUCUGUCCAAAAUUUCUUCAAACGUGAGGCCUGUUUCAAGUGCGAUACGGAGAAAGCAGCGUCAUUGAAACUCGAACGGCAAGGCCUUCAUAUGGUCGGCGUUGUGCCGUGCGAUACGCUCCUCAUCCGAUCGUUGCCAGAAGACUGCACAACGGCAAUGCUAUUUGAGAGUCUCAGUCAGUAUACGGCGCUUACAUCGAUUGUCCAGCUACAGAUCUCCGAUUCGAAGCAGUACGCGUAUAUACAGAUGAAGAGUAGUGAUGAAGCCACUUUACUGUUGAAUUCGUCUUAUAAAACUCCGAUAAAGAUAGGAGGGAAAGAUGUUGUAAUGACAUUCUGCCGACAUUCAAUGACACACCUCAUUCGGCAGCAGAUUAGCAUGCUGCAAAGUCGGAAUCCCGUUCCUGUAGCGACUACAUUGGGAAUGAAUCCGAACGCUCAUGGUGCAGAAGUAGCUCAAGCAGCAAUGGCGGCGUUACGGCAGUCCCAAGGGCAUGCAUUACCACCUAAUGUCGCUGUACCACCGCAACACUUGAUCCUCUUGCAACAACAACAGCAACAACAACAACAAGCGAUGUUGGGAACAAGUCAAACGCAGUUCAAUUUACCACAAUUAACACAAGUGGUACCCGGUACAGUUCCGUCAUAUGCUGCUGUGGCGCCAACACCGGUCAAUGGGAUCAUAGGGAUGACGCCGACGCCUCGAGGAGUGUUUUCCAAAUAUGUGACGCCCAAUCCAGCAACGUUUUGUUACGAUCAGACGGCAGGCUAUUACAUCGAUCCCGAGACCAAGUUUUACUACGAUCAGAAGACCGGUUUCUAUUUCAACAAUGAAACGCGGAAGUGGUGCACAUGGGAUGCGACUUACAGUACAUAUUUCCCAAUCGAGGAGCCAGCGGCUGAAAGUACUUCAACUGCAACUACGAGUGCCAGUGCACAACCUGCUGAAGCUGCUCCAGCAGCCGAAGAGAAGAAACCGGAGGAGAAGCAGGAGGAAACGCCGAAAAGCGCUAAGGACAUUGCAAAGGAAAUGAUGAAAUGGGCUAAGAAACAAGAAAAGCAGAGUAAAGUCCAGAUGUCCCUAAAACCAUUGGUCAAGCCGUUAGAGACGAAAAGCGCUUUCGAAAGGAAUCAAGCUGGUGCAGCUAAUGUUGCACAUAAAAUGCUAGAGAAGAGUAAGGCAUUAUCAAGUGCAAGUGACUCAGAGGAUGAGGAAGAAGGAUCUGGAGACGAGAAAAGGCGCUGUGAGCCUGCUGAAGAAGCUGCUCCCAUACCUCCACGGCGACAUGUCAUGACAGCUCAAGAGCACCGAGAGAUGAUGGAACGUGCGUUGGUGGAUGAGGCGAAGAAGAUGUGUCUUCUGUGCAAACGAGCGUUUCCCAGUGUGGACGUAUUGAGGAAACAUGUGGAGAAAAGCGAUUUGCACAGGAAAAAUCUGGAGGAAAAACAUAUCGAAUGGGGCCGCCAAUACGUGACAGCUAUGAUGGAAAGGGAAGGAGAGGAAGCCCAAGCACUUCUUGCAGCUGCCGCUCCACCUGUUGAGCAAAAGAUAGUGUACAGAGACAGAGCAAAAGAACGACGGCAGCAUUUCGGUCUCGAUCCUGGAGUUAUGAACCCUCGUGAAGAGUUUAGCGGAAGGAGUGAAGAAGCAUUACGGAAGGAAUCCGAAUUGGCGUCCAUGAGACCUUUGGGUAGCGAUAACAUUGGAAGCCGGCUGUUGAAAACAAUGGGUUGGCGUGAAGGCCAAGGCGUGGGGCGCAAUGGGCAAGGCAUAGUGAAUCCGAUAGAAGCGCAGAGGCGAGUUGAAGGAGCAGGCCUGGGUGCGGCCGGAUCGCGAGUUAUGCACGGUGCUGAAGCAACGCAUCAAGAACGAGUCCGUGCGACGUUCUACAGCAGAUACAGGGACAUGAGUUGA